CAUGGCCAUCGGUCCAUCAGAGACUGGUCCAGGUUGGUUGUCUCGGCGCAGCAGAAGAGAUCGGUAGACGACAGACCAAGGGAUUCCGACGCCCGCCGCCCGCCGAAUCCAUGGCCCGACCACGGUCGCCCACGAAUGAUCUCCCCCCAUCCCUCGGCGGCUACAAGGUCUCGAAGCCUCUUUUUGCAUCGGCAUUGUUGGUCCUCGAUUCCAUCUUGGUGGCUCUCAUCAUCGCCUACGUCCCUUAUACCAAGAUCGAUUGGGACGCGUACAUGUCCCAGGUAGAUGGGUUUCUCGGAGGAGAGAGGGAUUACACCAAGCUGAAAGGGGACACGGGGCCGUUGGUUUAUCCGGCUGGGUUUCUUUAUGUCUACUCCGCCAUCAAGUUUCUAACCGGCGGGGAGGUCUUUCCUGCUCAGAUCUUGUUUGGCAUUCUUUACAUAAUUAAUCUGGGGCUCGUUUUCUUCAUUUAUAUAAAGACCGAUCUGCUUCCAUGGUGGGCUCUUUCUUUCCUUUGUUUGUCGAAGAGAGUUCACUCGAUCUUUAUUCUUCGUCUCUUUAAUGACUGUUUUGCAAUGACCUUGCUUCAUGCUUCUCUAGCUUUGCUAUUUAGUCAAAAAUGGCAUCUGGCUUUGAUCAUUUUCAGUGGAGCUGUGUCAAUUAAGAUGAAUGUGCUUCUAUAUGCGCCACCUUUAUUUCUGCUUAUGUUAAAGGCUCUUGAUGUUAAGGGUGUCUUCUCUGUCUUGUUUGGUGCUGCGUUAGUGCAGAUUAUUUUGGGCUUACCGUUCUUGCUGACAUAUCCUGUUGAGUACAUUUCAAGAGCCUUUAAUCUUGGGCGUGUCUUCAUCCAUUUCUGGUCUGUUAAUUUCAAGUUUGUUCCAGAAGAGAUAUUUGUAUCAAAAGAAUUUGCAUGUGCCUUGCUGGUUCUUCAUCUAACAUUGCUUAUAAUAUUUGCAAACUUCAGAUGGUCCAAGAAUGGACUUUUUCAUCUCUUGAAGUCAAAAGUCAGUGAUGCUUUUUCAAUAUUCUCUAUUCAGCAAUUUCAGUCCUGUGAAUCAAGAAUCAAAACUCUCAAUAAAGAAUAUAUUGCAACUGUUAUGUUUGUCGGGAACUUCAUCGGCAUUGUAUGUGCUCGAUCUCUUCAUUACCAGUUCUAUUCUUGGUACUUCUACUCGUUGCCUUUUCUUUUGUGGAAAGCACCGUUCCCGACCCCUCUAAGGCUCAUCUUGUUUGCUGGCGUCGAGCUCUGCUGGAAUAUUUACCCGUCAAAUAUGUAUUCCUCAUUGUUGUUACUUUGUAUGCAUUUGUUCGUACUGUUGGGUGUUUGGAUUGCGCCAAUUGGAAGUGAAUUUGUUGAUCAAAUACAUGCAGAGAGAAAGGAGGCGUGACUGCUGCUGCUGCUGCUGCUGCUGCUGCUGCCGCCGCCACAUUAUUUGCCCAAACUAGUUUGAAUCAUUUACAUUUUGAGCAUGUUUUUCACCCGUUGUUGGUAUUUUGCGUAUUCAGUGAGGGAUAAAAAUCGGAUUUUCUUU